CACUGAUCUGGCCUGGAGAUUACAUUAGCCGGAACCUACUGUGUCUUCCUGUCCCAGGCAACGAAAAGGAUUGUGCGGAACACAAUACUUUCGCCCUUUGCGCCCACGAUAAGUCGUCCGCUUGGAGGAAAAUAAUUUGCGAUUAAAUCUUUCUCACGUUUGUGAGCUGCCCGGAAUAACACCAACCAGUUGCCCGAACAUGUCAAUCUCUGAAUUUCGCAAAAAGAAGCUGCUCUAUGUGUUCAACGUGUUUUUCGACGUGAACCAGAGCGGCGAAAUCGAUCGCAAGGAUUUCGAGCUGGCCAUCGAGAAAAUCUGUGAACUGCGCGGCUGGCCAGCGGGUAAUCCACGGAACUCCGAAACGCACGAGUCCAUGUUCAAAAUUUGGGAUGGAUUGCGUUCCAAAGCCGAUAAGGACAACGACGGACAGGUUUCUGUCGAGGAGUGGUGCAAGAUGUGGGACGAAUACGCACGGGAUCCGGACUCCGUGCUCGACUGGCAGCUGCGAUAUAUGAACUUCAUGUUCGACCUCGAGGAUGCUUCCAACGAUGGCGGCAUCGACGCGGAGGAGUUCUCCAUCGUUUGCUCGAGCUACGGGCCGGACAAGCGGGAAUGCCAGGAAGCUUUCCGGAAGAUGGCACAGGGCGCAGAGGAGGUCAAUCGGGAUCAAUUCGCCGAGUUGUGGCGUGAAUACUUUUCGACCGACGAUCCGGCGGCGCCCGGAAACUUCAUUUUUGGCAAAACGUCGUUUUAA